GUGGGCAUCUGGCCACCGCGCACGCCAGUCGGCCCAGGCGAAAGACUUCGCCGGCUAGUCCAGGUACUGGGCGCAGGUUGCCGAGAAUCAGGAUCGCGGCAGCGGUCAUGACGGAGGGCACGUGUCUGCGUCGAAGAGGGGGACCCUAUAAGACAGAGCCGGCCACAGACCUCACUCGCUGGCGACUCAGCAAUAAGGUUGGGAGGCAGACAUGGACCUACUUUCAAGAAGAAGAAGAUCCUGGCCGAGAGCAGUCUGGCCUGGAAGCUCACCUCUUGGGACUGGAUACAAAGAGUUUCUUUAAGGACUUGCCGAAAGCGCACACAGCCCUCAAGGGGGCUCUGAAUGGGGUGACAUUUUACGCUGCACUGCAGACUGAGGAUGGGCAUUGGGCGGGUGAUUACGGUGGCCCGCUCUUCCUCCUGCCAGGCCUCCUGAUCACGUGCCAUGUGGCACACAUCCCUCUGCCAGCCGGAUACCGAGAAGAAAUUACACGGUACCUGCGGUCUGUGCAGCUCCCCGACGGCGGCUGGGGCCUGCACAUUGAGGACAAGUCCACGGUAUUUGGAACUGCGCUCAACUAUGUGUCUUUGAGAAUUCUGGGUGUGGGGCCUGACGAUCCUGACCUGGUGCGAGCCAGGAACCUUCUUCACAAGAAAGGUGGUGCCGUGUUCAUCCCCUCCUGGGGGAAGUUUUGGUUGGCUGUCCUGAAUGUGUACAGCUGGGAAGGCCUCAAUACACUGUUUCCAGAAAUGUGGCUGUUUCCUGACUGGAUGCCCGCACAUCCCUCCACUAUCUGGUGCCACUGUCGGCAGGUGUACCUGCCCAUGGCCUACUGCUACAGCACCCGGCUGAGUGCCGAGGAGGGCCCGCUGGUCCAGAGCCUCCGCCAGGAGCUCUACGUGGAGGACUACAGCUGCAUCGACUGGGCCGCGCACAGGAACAGCGUGGCCCCGGACGAUCUGUACACGCCGCACAGCUGGCUGCUCCACCUCGUGUACGCUGUCCUCAACUUGUACGAGCGCCACCACAGCACCAGCCUGCGGCAGCGGGCCACCCAGAAGCUGCAUGAGCACAUUGCGGCCGACGACCGCUUCACCAAGUGCAUCAGCAUCGGCCCGAUCUCGAAAACCAUCAACAUGCUCGUGCGCUGGUAUGCAGAUGGGCCGGCCUCUGCUGUCUUCCAGGAGCACGUGUCCAGGAUUCCUGAUUAUCUCUGGCUGGGCCUCGACGGCAUGAAGAUGCAGGGCACCAAUGGCUCACAGAUCUGGGACACCGCGUUCGCCAUCCAGGCUUUGCUGGAGGCAGAUGCACAACACAGGCCGGAGUUUUGGUCCUGCCUGCAGAAGGCGCAUGAGUAUCUCCGGAUCUCACAGGUGCCAGACAAUUUCCCUGACUACCAGAAGUACUACCGCCAGAUGACCAAGGGCGGCUUCAGCUUCAGCACGCUGGACUGUGGCUGGAUCGUGGCCGACUGCACGGCUGAGGCCUUGAAGUCCAUCCUCCUCCUGCAGGAAAAGUGUCCCUUUGUUACCAAUCAUGUCCCACGAGAGCGGCUUUUCGACGCUGUCGCUGUGUUGCUGAGCAUGAGAAACCCCGACGGAGGGUUUGCCACCUAUGAGACCAAGCGUGGGGGACACCUUCUGGAGCUUCUGAACCCCUCCGAGGUCUUCGGGGACAUCAUGAUUGACUACACGUAUGUGGAGUGCACCUCAGCAGUGAUGCAGGCACUGAAGACUUUCCACAAGCAGUUCCCAGACCACAGGGCCGGGGAGAUCAGGGAGACCCUCAAGCGGGGCUUGCAGUUCUGUCGGCAGAAGCAGAGGCCUGAUGGCUCCUGGGAAGGCUCCUGGGGCGUGUGCUUCACGUAUGGCACCUGGUUUGGGCUGGAAGCCUUCGCCUGCAUGGGGCACACCUACCAUAAUGGGGCUGCCUGUGCGGAGAUCUCCCGGGCCUGUGACUUCCUGCUGUCCCGACAGAUGGCAGACGGAGGCUGGGGGGAGGACUUCGAGUCCUGCGAGCAGCGUCGCUACGUGCAGAGUGCCCGGUCCCAGAUCCACAACACGUGCUGGGCCCUGAUGGGGCUGAUGGCCGUCAGGCACCCUGAUGUGGCGGCCCUGGAGAGAGGAGUCAGCUAUCUGCUUGAAAAGCAGCUGCCCAACGGGGACUGGCCCCAGGAGAACAUCAGCGGGGUCUUCAACAAGUCCUGCGCCAUCAGCUACACUAGCUACAGAAACGUCUUCCCCAUCUGGGCCCUCGGGCGCUUCUCCCGUCUGCACCCCGAGAGCGCCCUCGCUGGUCACCCUUGAGAGCACGCCUGCGGGUGCCUGGGCGGGUAGGGGGUGCUGGUCUCCGAGUUCCAGGGGAAGUUGGGGCGGGGCGGGGCCUGCUGCGGGGGCGGGGCCUUCAGCUGGUGGAGCAAUUUCCGGCUAGAGGAGCACGGGUGAGGGGAGCGACAGAGUGAACCUUGAUGCUGGAUACAGCGCAUUGCGUUCAGGGAACCGCCUGGAGCGGUACCUGGCCUAGCUGUGGGCGGGGCUGGGAGCGUUCCUGACCAACCACCGAGAUCGGGAGACCAGCGGCUACGCCUUGUACGCAUCCUGCCGCGCGCUGUCGAGGGCCAACUCUCCCUGCCUCUGUCUCUGGCUGAGGGACGUGCUAGUCUCCCUAUCACCCCAGCAGGAGAGGCUGGGCCUCGCUGUUUGGGCUCUCCGGGAUGGGGGACCAGACUCGGUGAGUGUCCGGGGCUGCUCAGAGGAGAGCCAGAUGCUGCACCCUGGCCCCGCCCCAGGUCGCGGUUCAACCAGCUUGUGGGGCGCCAGCAUGGCUACCUCUAGAAGUUAGAGUUGUCUCCUAAUGAGAAAAGCAGGAGCCUGAGCUAACACGGGGUGAAGGGUCGUGAGUGGCCCCACACGGGGACGACCCUCACGCCCCCUCUAGGGUGCUGCCUCUCAAUUCUCUGGCUUCUAAAUGCUUCUGGUUUGGCGUGCAUGGACUUCGGGCUCAGGUUGGAAAGUCUUAAGUGCUGGAUUUGCUUCUGACCUACAAGGAUGGGCAGCUCACAUGCGCAGGGUUCCUGGGAGUGUGGCUGUGAAGGUCAUAGAGCUUUGAUGAGGGCCAGAACCAGGCCUGGUGUCACCCUUGGGCCCCAUCUCCUUCUCACCCACCCCAGGGCUGGAGGGACCCAGAGAGGUACCACCUCCCCUUCUGACGGCAGCCCCAGCCACGCUCCCCCAGCCACGCUCCCCCAGCCAACUGUUCUCCCUCAGACAGCCAGAGAUGCCUGGAUGCCCCCCUGCUCCCACCAUUCCUGCCGGGAACCCUGAAGGCCUCUCGGAGGUUUGCACCCUGUGGCCUUGCUCCCGCCCGUCCUGGGGCCCCUAGUGCAGUCCCUGACUUCUUUCUGGGGCUCGCCUGCGAGGAGCCUUUUCCUGAGCUGCCCCAGUCCCCCUCCCCCAACUACCCCAGGUGGUGGUCCUCCUGCUGCAAGCCUUGCAGGGCCUGGGCACAGGUAGGCAGGCAGGUCCUGCUGCUCUACGAACCACCCCACUGGCACCUAGUGGUGUUUAGUUCUGCUGGUUGAAUGUCAGCACUCUGCGGGCACUUUUAAAUGAGUGUUUAUGUUGCUGAAGGUGCUGUGCUGGACCCUUUGGGAUCUGUCCAGUUUGCUCUUGUUCCAGCAGCAGACAGUGGUUUACCAGUUUGCUCCUGGCAGUAGCCACUGCCAGGCAUGACCAGGUCACUGGACAAAACACUAAGCUUCCCGAAAAGAAAUGAACAUCCACCUUUAUACUGAAACAUUAUUGAAAGUCACCUGUCUCACCAGUUACCUUAGUGCCCAGAUCUAGGCAGAGGCACGUAGUGCUCUUGUCUUGUCCUGGAAGCAGUCAUGGACUUGGGUCCUUCACGCCCCAUGGUGGACACUGGACCACCACCCCUCAGUCUCAGGGAAAAAGAAACUGCGCAAGAUAAGCAGGAGGCACUCUAGUUAUCUGAGGGAGAAAUACUUGCCUCAGCCUGAUGAAAAAUCAAGUUCUCUAUCCUGGGUGAAGGAUUAAUGGAUCUUGAUUCACACUGCUUUUCUUUUGGUUAUCGGGAGCAAAAUCUGAAUGUUCACCAGGACAUAAACCAGAUCUGACCCUGUGAGGGAUUCUCUAACCAAAGUGCUUAACGAAUAAUAAAAAUGUGCCUCCAAGAAAGUACUUUCCUUACUGAGCAUAACCAAUGUUGAUACAUAGAUCUGAAUUUUUUUCUGGUAAUAAAAAUGUUUAAAAACUGA